GGCGGAGAGUUGCAGCCUCAGCGCCAAAGGCGCAGAGGAAUGACGCAGCGGCGGGACCACGCUGCACAGCAGUGUGGAUGAAAAUAAGGAGUGGUCCAGUAGCAUGGCCUCUGAUGCAGUCAGUGUGCCUGCAACGCAGGAGGACAACAAAGAUCCCCAAGCUAAUGGAACCAAGCAGGAGGUCCAGAGUGGAGAAACUGAGACACUGUCAAAGAGGCAGAGAAAGAAGCUUCUCAAACAGCAGCAAUGGGAAGAACAGAGAGACCUACGCAAGCAGAAACGCAAGGAAAGGAAACAGCAGAGGAAGUUGGACAGACAGACACAGGUUGAGGAUGGAACUGAGUACACAAGCAGAAAGCGUCUGCGAAGAGAAGCAGAGCCCAGUCCUCUCCGCCUGGUCAUAGACUGCAGCUUUGACAACCUCAUGGUCCUAAAAGAUGUAAAAAAACUCCACAAGCAGAUCCAGAGGUGCUAUGCAGAGAACAGACGGGCUGCGCACCCGGUGCAGUUUUAUAUAACAAGCCAUGGUGGGCAAUUGAAACAAAACAUGGAUGAAAUUAAUAAAGGCUGGGUGAACUGGAAGGAUGUCCAUAUCAAGCCUGAGCACUUUCAUGAAGUCUUAAGCAAAGAGGAUCUGGUGUACCUGACCUCUGAUUCACCCAAUGUACUACAGGAGCUGGACGAGAACAAAGCCUAUGUGAUUGGAGGCCUAGUGGAUCACAACCACCAUAAGGGGAUCACUUUUGAACGUGCCAAAGAACUUGGAAUUGCUCAUGUUCAACUCCCACUGGGCAGUUUUGUCAAGAUGAACAGUCGCAAAGUGCUUGCCGUCAACCAUGUGUUUGAGAUUUUGCUGGCCUAUCUGGACAAACGGGACUGGAAAGAGGCAUUCUUCACCGUCCUGCCACAGCGGAAAGGGGCUGUACCUGUAGGCCAAGAAGACAUGCAGGAGGAGGGCAACAAUGAAGAGGAGGAAUACUCUGACAGAGACUCUGGCACAUGUGAGCCAGUCACGGAAAAGAGCGAAGAUACGAAGGACCAUUCAAAUGAUCCACAAAAAGAUGCAUCUCAGCUGAACCAGUCAGAUUCAUGUGGAGUGAAUGUAGAACAGAAAGAAUGUACCUCAUAAUUACCUUUUUGUUAAUUUAUUUUUUAUAAAUUUUGCCUUGUUCUCUGAGGUCAGUUUUUCUUUUUUUUUUUUUUUUCUUUUUUUUUUUGCUUACUCAUGACCAAGUUGUGGACAAUACCAUGCAAUUUGGGGAUGGCAUUUUUGUUUCAGCAGUCACAGCUGAGAUCAGAGCAUGUCUCACUCUCAUUAAAGUUACCUGACAUGCAGUAUUCUAUUCAGGUGCAUUCCACUUCACUGGAUUUGUAUUACCUUUGCCUUUGGUUUUGAGAUACAAGAGUUUACUUGAGAGAAUAUUUAGUGUCUUGCUAACUGUUCAGAUGUUUGACUCCUUUUUCAGGAGAGUUGGUUCCCCCUUGUGGCAGCAGGGCUCAUUACCCUGUGAACAUAACCCAAAUGCUUUACACCAGCGGUUCUAACAGUGGUCCUGUCUGGAGGUUUUCCUGCUCUUGCAUAACUGAUCCAACAGAUCUGCUGAUUAGCAAGCCCUUCUUGAGUUGAAGUGUAUAGAAUCACAUUCCUGCGAGGAAGAGAUGAAAAUUUUAUUUGGUGUGGUUCCCUCGCUUUUCUGAAAUUUCUGAAAUCAGUGUGUCAAAAUAUUUCCGUACUUUGUUGAAAUACUGAUUUACAAAUAUUGACUCAUUUUCUUAAAACAAAUCGACGGUAAAAAAAUCGA